CUUGAGCUCGGUCGCUACGUAGCGACCAAGCUUGGCCAAGCUCGGUCGCUACGUAGCGAUCGAGCGGGACGCGCGCUCGGUAUCUACGUAGCGACCGAGCUUUGGCUUGAGCUCGGUCGCUACAUAGUGACCGAGCGCUCGUCCCGGACUACGUAGCGACAUCGGCUCAGACUUGGUUGCUACGUAGCGACCGGAAAGCGUGCAUGUGCGGUAGUUACGCAACGACCGAGCUUGGUUCGUUGCUUUGAAUCUUCAAGGAUACUUCUUCGUAAAAACUUCGUAUUGGUUAUUUUUUACGAAAAUUAUAUCUUUCUUUUUACUAUCUCUUUCGGAAAUGUGAUUUCCGAGGGUUUUCGUGUGAUAAUUCCGUCGUGACCGUUUUUGACCCGAACACCCUUGUAACAUAAACCAAAACCAACAAUGCUACUAAGAACCUUCUGUCAAAAUAAGGCCGCUAAACAACAUAUUCUCUGGCGGCCGAAAGCACAAGCUUCCUUGGCUUCCAUCAAGGGCCGCCUCUGGGUCGGACCCCCAUCGGGUUAAUGGAUACCCGACUCAAAUAUGCCCUUACCCUAAGUAUAUCAUUUCUUCCCCUUUUCGAUUUCGUCUGCUCCUCGAGAUAUUCUGAAUAAUAUAUCACCAUUAACUUCUCGAAAGAUUUUGAUUCACCCAAAUCUCAAUAACCUUUCCUAAUCAUGAUCCUCUCCGACUUCUAUUCCUUUUCUGUUCAACGAUAUCGAAAAUUCGAAACCCUAGAAUCUAUCCCUUAUUAAGCAACUUCAAUUGCUCGAAUUGGAGAUACAAAAGCACCAAAAUUCCUCGCCUCUUCUGUCAAGAAAUCACAGAGAGGUGAUUCAUCUUCCUAUUCUUUGCAAUCGAUUAAUGGGUCUUUAGUUUCUGGGUUUGUACUUCGGGUUUGUUCUUUGGGUUUCUCGGAUAUGUCGGGUUUGUCGUGUUCGGUUUCAGUUGGUCGUUUUCUUUUGUUGACAUAAUGGUGUCUUAAGUCGAGUCCUUGUUGUUUCUUCUCAGAUUUCAGUUUUUAACUAUGUUGGUUUUGAAAUGUGUUUAAGUUGUAGUGUACUUCUUUGAUCUUGGUUGUAGUGUUUGUCAAUAACAGUUGCUGGAAAGGUAUCUUGUGUUGGUUAUGGAAUGUGUUUAAGCUGUUGUAUUGUUACUUACAAAUUCUAAUUUUAGUAUUAUAUUAAGAUCGUAAGCUGAUUAUGUGAUGUUGGUUCACCACUUGCAGAUGGAUGCAUCAUCGUCCAAGAUCCCACAAGACAAUGGAGCUGAGUCAUCUAAGAAAGGAAAUGAAGUUGGAUAUGAAGACCACCAAACUACUGAUAGGCAUGGGAAGAGGAAGGGAGCAGAAACCCCAUGUGAAGAAGCUUCUCAGGCGAAGAAGUUUAAAAAAGUUGUUGUGUCAAGGUCUGAUGUUUGGAACCACUACAGCAGAACAACGCAGAGCCGUGACAGGUGCAUUUGCCGCUACUGCCAAAAGGUGUUUUCAUGUGCAACCAAAUCAGGAACUUCCAAUCUCCAGAAGCACUUGCUCAUCUGCAAAGAGUACCAGGCGCACUUGAUUAGCAAAGGGAAGAAUCAAACUUCCAUUGAUGAUGAAGGGAGUUUGAAGCCAUCAAAAGUACCUGAGAAAGUUGUCAGAGAAGCGGCGAAUGAGUUAUUGGUGUUAGUUGAGUUGCCUCUUUCUUUCAUAGAAAGUACAUGAUGGUAGUAUUUCUGAAAUAAGAUAAAGCUUUGUAUUGUUUCAAUCUUUACGUGAAGUAUUUUUCUGAUUUCUGAAACUAAUGUUUUGUUUUUACGUGAAGGUCAAUCUUUACAAACCUCACUCAAGGCGAACUGCUACUGGAGACAUUGUGGAGAUGUUCCUGAAGAAGAAAGAGGCGUUGAAUAAAUGGUUGUACACUAGCCAACAAAGAGUUUCCCUCACCACUGACAUUUGGGUUUCUCAAGUGACAUGUGUAAGUUACAUGGUUGUAGCUGCACAUUUUGUUGACACAACUUGGGAGCUGAAGAAGAUCAUCCUUGGUUUCAAACUGGUCAUGGAUCAUAAAGGUCAGACGAUUUCCACUGUUCUUUUAGACUGCUUAGCUGACUAGGGAAUUGAGAAGCUGUUUUGCAUUACGGUAGACAAUGCUACUGCUAACACCUCUGCUAUUAGGCGUUUCCAUAAUGAAUUUAGAUCAGUCUCGCCUGAUGCUUUAGUCUUAGAUGGUAACUUUCUUCAUAUGAGGUGUUCUGCACACAUUAUCAACUUGAUAGCUAGGGAGGGUCUAUGUGAUUUAGGGGAAAAUGUGUUGGCAAUCCGCAAUGCAGUCCAGUAUGUCCAGUCUUCUACCAAUAGGCUAAACGCGUUUGACCAAAGAGUUAUUACUGGAAAGAUGACAAGAAGAAGUCUGCCGAUGGAUGUUAAGACUAGGUGGAAUUCAACCUUCCUCAUGUUAUCUAGAGCCUUGCAGUUCAAAGUGGCGUUUGAUAGGAUGGAAGCAGAGGACAAAUUGUACAAUGACUACUUUUUAGAAGUAGAAAAUGGUGUUAAGAGGUGUGGACCGCCUGGUCUUAGUGACUGGAAUGCUGUGGAGAAGCUAAAGAGGUUCCUAGUCAUCUUUUAUAAUAGUACUUUAGUUGUCUCAGCUUCCUCAAAGGUGAAUUCCUACAAAUGCUAUGGUGAGAUAGUGACUGUUGAGAGGAAUCUCACAACACUGACCUGCAACUUGGACCCGUAUUUGAAGUUGAAAGUUGAAGACAUGUUGCAGAAGUUCUUGAAGUAUUGGGACGGCAUGAAGAAUGUGAACAAGAUGUUGAUUUUUGCAGCAAUCAUCAAUCCCAGGAAGAAGAUGACUUACCCAAACGUCUGCUUUGAGAAGCUGUAUGGAAAAGACUAUACAGAAGCCAAAGAAAUGAGUGAAUCUGUGCUUGAUCUCCUUACCAGUAUGUUCAAUGAGUAUGCUCGCCGAUUCAAAGGGGUUAGUACUGGAUAUUCUCAGUUGAAGCAGGCUGAAUCUGUUGUUGUUCAGGAGAGUCAGGAUCAUUUGGAUAGGCUAAAGCUGGUUGUUGAAGACUUUGGGUAUUUGAAAAUGGAUUCUGAGUACAAGAAUCUUGCUGUUGAUUCAGGAAAUGAGCCAAGGUAUGAGCUGGAGAUGUACCUAAGGGAACCUGUUGAGAAUCAGAAGCUUAUGAUGGGAUUUGAGUUCGACAUACUCGGUUGGUGGAAGGUCCACAGAAUCAAGUUUCCUGUGCUGGCAGAGAUGGCGAGGGAUUUACUUGCGAUGCAGGUUUCAUCAGUGGCUUCAGAAAGUGCUUUUAGCACAAGUGGUACAAUCUUGGAGCCAUAUAGAAGCUGUUUAACCCAUUACUUGAUCGAAGUUUUGAUGUGUAGUGAGCAGAUUUUAGAAGAAUUUGAGCAGCUAGACAAGCUUGAGAAAGGUAUGUUUUUAUUUAUCUUAGUUUCUUUCAAUGUUUCAUUCGAUUGCUAGAGAAGCUGAUAUUAGUUAUCUUUUGUUUGUCGUCUCAGAGUUUGGGAAUGUGAGAAUUGAAGAUUGAAGAUUUCUCUUGAAGUUUGAAGUUUUUUUUUUUUUUUUUUGGUGUUGGCUUUGGAUUUCAUUUCGCCUUUGAUCUCAUUAGAGAUGUCUUUUGCUUUGACAGUUGCAUUUAAGCUAUAUUAUGAACAAGUUUGAUUUCUUUUGAAGUUUAGUAAAAGUUCUUUUGAGUUUUCCUUUCACUGUUGCAAUUUACUUAACGAACGUGUUCUAGUCUUUGUCCACGUUUAAGAUAGUUGUGUUAUUCAGGUUGUGUAAUGCACAAAGCUGGACCUAAGAUAGUUGUGUUAUACACGUUUUAAGAUACUUGUGUUCACUUACGUUGAACCUAAAAUUGUCUUGCUUAGUGUUGACGUGUUUUCCACCCAUGUUAACGAGUCUGUAGUGUUUCAAUUGUACUGUUAUUAUUUUUUAGCAUUACAGAGCCUGUAAGUGUUUCAUGAAGCAAAAUUAUUUUGUUCAGAUUUUCGGGUAAUAUAAGGUAUUUCGGGUAAAAUGAGUAGUUUUGAUAACCGAAACCCGGUCUAGAACCGAACCCGAAAUUUAAUUGGGUUCAACCGGGUUUAGACUGUGCUACAAGAUCCGACCCGAACCCGACAUAACCCGAAACAAGACUGAACCGAACUUUUAUAAUAUCCGAAUGGAGCUGAUUUAUGUGAACCCGAAAAACCAAAACCCGAUUAGAACCAACCCGAACCCGAAUGGUCACCUGAUUGCCGUGCCUAAUUUUAACCUAUUUUCAUCAAUUAGAAAACAAGUGAGAUCUAAAUAGAAAACACGAUAAAAUUGCAUUUGAUGAAAUAUUUAAUGUUCAACUCGUUUGUUUCGUAGAUACUGUAUCGCCGGCUUGCCGAAAUGUACUCUACGAUUUUUCAAUUUUGGGUUGAUUAAUGAAUUUUUAUAAUUAAAAUAUAUGAAUAUUUAAUGUUUAGAAUGGAACAGAGAAAGAUAAGGGGAGUGAUUGGUUGGGUUGUAACUCUAGAAAAUUUACUUUAGCAUUUUGUCUGUAGGAUUUUUGAUUUAGCUUUAAGUGAUGUAGCUUUAAAAUUUCCUACAGCUAAAAAAAUGGAGCUUUAGAAAAUAAGAUGUUUACAACCAUUUUUAGUGUGCUUUUGCUGUAGCUUUAAUUUUUGGUUGUAGCUUUAAAACCAAGAUAAAACAUAAUUGGUAGUAUUUAAGGUUGUAGAUGAAAACUAAAGCUAAGGUCACUUCCUACAGCCCAACCAAUCACCCCAAAAGUUUCUGGUGAUGAAGCUUAAUAUUCACCUACUAAUUAGUGUUAAGGUUUCGACAUCGUAUAUAAUAAGAUAUAUGUAAAAAAUACAUCUAUUAAUGAUUUCUUAUAAAAGAAGUAUAUCUGAUUGAUAAAACAGGUAGAAUGGUCUUUAUACGAUCAGGAUAAUGGGUAGCUCGUAAUUUAUUGCGACGUGAGGAAGAGAAGGAGAUAUUAGAACCCAGUAUAACUAAGCUCCAAGUCUUUGGUUGGAAGAUAAAAGCUCCACAGAAAAUUCGCCAUCUUAUAUGGCAAUUGAUAACAGGUCAUGUGGCAGUAACAAAAAAAACUUGAUAAAACGCAACAUGAGAUGCGAUAAUUACUGUCCAAGAUGUAGGGAACCAAAAGAAUCUGUUACUCAUGCAAUAUUUGAGUGUCAGCCUGCUUUACAAGUUUGGGCCUUAUCUUCAACGCCAACGAGUUCAGAUAUUUUCCAUGUCGCGAGUAUCUAUGCUAAUAUGGAUUACAUCUUCUGAAGGAAAAACAUCAUUGUCAGGCCAGAAUUAGAUAGGGAUCCAUACCCCUGGGUAAUUUGGUAUAUUUGGAAGGCUAGGAAUGAUAAACAUUUUAGGGGCAUAGAUAGAAACCCUAUGGAGUUAGUUCGUUAUGUAGAGAGUGAGUAUCAAGCCUGGUUCAAUUCAAACGAAAUGAUCCCACCGACUAUACAUGAGCAUAGUAGUGAUCAAUCUCAAGCCAUAAGCUUGGGUAUUAUUUGUCUAAUAAAUGGAUCAUGGACAUCCACAUCAAAGUUAGGCGGGAGUGGAUGGGCUUGGAUGGACAGUUUGGGGAAGGCUCAACUUAUGGGGACACGGAAUUAUACUCAACGAGAGUCUCCUCUGCACACAGAAGUAGAAGCACUAAGAUGGGCGAUGGAGAGCAUGCUAUAAUACUCGACAUGUCAGAGCUUUAGAAUAGACUGCAAGGACCUGAUCGCUAUGAUUAAUGAACCACAAGCUUGGCCAAGUUUUGCAACAGAAUUGAAGAGGAUAGAAACUUUGCAGAUAUGCUUUCUGGAAUUCAAGAUUACCCAUGUUCCAUGGGCACAAAAUCGGAUCUCUGACUUCCUAGCCAGGAUGGCAAGAUCUUUCCAUAAAGACAUUUAUUUUGUUGGUUGUUCUAUUCAGGUCUAGUUACCCAGACCACCUCAAGUUUGAGUACUAGAAUAGCUUUUCGAUGUCAAAAAAAAAACAAGUAGAAUUCAAUUACGAAUACACAGGGUAUCUAAGACCAAGAACUAUUGAAAGUAUAGAAUUGCUUUAAAAGUACUAUGAUCUCCUUUUUCUUGUCCUUGGUCUCUCUUUUAUAGGUUUUCAAGGAUGAAUCAUAACGGCCAUGUGAUCUCCAGUGAGUAUAUGGGAUUUUAUUGAUGGUCUUUAAUGUUUUGAAUCUUUUUCAAAUCAGGUUUGACUGUGCGAGCUCGGCAUGACAGUCUCUCCAGCUUGGGAUGGGUAUGGGCCUGCUAUCUUUUUCUGGUUUAAGUGAUUCUGGGUCUCGAAUCGGGUCUUGACUGGGGUGAAGCCGCCUCCAAAAAUACCCCCCCCUCCGGAAGACCGACGUGUCUUAAGUUAGCAUCCAGCUCGGGUGUAGGUUCUGAGAUGUAUAGUAUGCUCGAGAUUGUUGCUUCUGUAGGAGAUCUAGAAUCCGAAAACUGCCAUUACAUUCAAUUCAAUUCAAGAUAUAAGAGAGUCACUCAAGGUUCCUGUGGAAAUGGUUUCUUCCCUCUUUAUGAGGCUGAUAGGCCUUGGCUGGCGCAUUCAGGGGUAGUUUACUAUGUACGAGGAGCACUUGUCACAUUUGAUUCCCUCUUUCUUCCAUCCUGGUUAAAUAUUGGGAUAGACGUGGUAUAGUUGUUUCACAGUUGACGCUUAGUCGGAUUUCGGACCAUUAUAGGCCUCCUAGUUCUAUCAUGCGAGGUCGGACAGGAGAUGGUGCCUUAAAUGCUUGAGGCUAUGGCUGCUUUUAAUUCGGUUUCGUCAAAGCUUGGUGCGUAUGAUCUCUUCGGAAAUUCACGAAUAUUGUUCACUGUUAGUGAUUCGCUUAAGAACUGGGCAAGUAAAUAUUUCUUUGUUAAGAUAGACGAGAAUUUAGUCCCCGGAGAUUUUGUGAGGUCGGUUUGGUCAGAAUAGAACGCGAAUCUUGGUAGGUAUUUUUGACGAUAUUGUUAUUGUUCUACAUUUUGGGUUUAAACUCUAUAGUCUUAAGGUUUAUAUAUUUUCCUUUUUUGUCAGCCUAUAUUGGGGCGACAUUGGUAGGCCUCGAGGCAGGAAACCUGUGAUUUACGAGUUGAAAGACAUUUCCCCUGUAUUUGGAGUUCGUUUACUCCUAUUUGGAUUGCGGCCAUUUUGAAUGCUCUUUCUGAUAGGUAUAAAAUCAGUUAAUCUUGGCCUUGGCAUUUUUUUUUGUCCUUACAUCAUUUGCCUUUUUUGUCAGGUCGUCCCAAUGAUCCUCCACCUUCCAUUAUCCGUCCUUUUUGGAUCUAGGAAGCGCCUUCUGUGGAGUCCGAAAGUGGUCUCGAGAUAACUGAUUUGAUAGUUUUGCUAUGGAAAUUAAUGCUUUCGGAUCUCUUGCUUUUCAUUCCUCGUCUGUCCCAAAUAUCCGAUCUUAGGGAGUUGUUCAUCGGUUUGCAGCGAUCAGCAGCCAUUGGUCUGACACAGGUCGUCCAUCGCCUUUGGAUGCCCAAAUGUUGAGGGGUGUUACUUUAUUGAGUGGAGGUUGGCAUCAACGAGGCUCGGGUUGUAGAUACCAAUGCCAACCUUCUUCUUUUGGAGUCUCAGGAAGUAGGAACACUUCUGCUUUGUCUGAGAGGGUUAUACAUAAUUCAAAGGUCAUGCCUCUUACCACUGGUGUGCCCUCUUUCCAAGCAGGAAAUUUUUUCCAUAUCUUUCAAUUUUCCUGGUGAUUUCGCUCUCGCUGAGGAUGGCUCGGCUUGUGUUGACAUUUAUUAGCAUUUCCAUCUGGUUGGUUAUAGACUAUGGAUUUGACCCAUUUUCAUCCAUAGUUUAUAAGUGUUUUUACUAAUAAUUAUAUAAUUAUAGAGUCUAUUUAUUAUAUUUAUAAGAUCAUGAAUGUUUUGGAGAUAAGUGAUGAUUUUGGAGUAUUUUGGAGAUAUUUGGAGCAAGCACCCGAGAUGACCAUCGAGAUCGACUAUCGGUCGAUAUUGGAGAGCUAGAAUCGAUCGAUACACAAGACAUGGUAUCGAUCGACAGCAAAGCACACAGGAAGCCCGUUUGGUCAUAGCCGACUUGAAGCCCAAGAUUUCACUAUUUUACAAGAUUGCCUCUGACGAGUUUUUAACCUAAUUAUAUAAGCUUUGCCGCCAUGUUAGAGGCAAAGUGUGCUUUCUUCGUGUUUCAUUGUUUUAUUGAUAGAUAGGAGAGAAGAUCCAAAGUUAUAAUUUGUGAUUGGAACUCCAUUGAUAUCUAGUUUAUCUAUU